GGGCCUGAACUGCUCUUUGGAGUUUCGUUUUCGCAGUAACCUUGCCUAAAAUCGGUACAAUUUGCCAAAUUAGCUGCCGGUUCUUUGUCAUGGAAAAAAAAAAAAAAGCAUAAUGCUUGAUAUCUGUAUUUUUGUUUCUCUUCUGGUGGCGCCUAGCAACGCGAUGCUCUUAACGACACGCGGGUUGAUGCCACGGCCUUUUCUUGCGUUCCUGAAAAGUGAUUUCGAUCAGGACACAUGCCGAAAGUUGCUCCGGCCUCUUGCGGAACAAAGCGACAGCACGCGAUGUGCUAUCGCUUGCCCUGCAAACCUGGCUGUGUUUACUAAUCUGGGUGAUAUGAAGCGGGUUUGUUUGCAGCUGUGACCUUCGUAAUACAUCAUCAUGCUAUGAUGGGCCUUGUGUGCAGCCUUGUCACCUUGCGCUCUUUAGAAGCUUGAUAACAGGAUAAAAGAAGCUUGCUUUGUUAAACGGAGAACGGUAGCGUUACAUGAAGCAGUGUCGUUCUCUGGCUGUGUCUCUAAGCCGGUCGAAUGAACGUUUGCAGCCGGGAGCUGGACCACAAAAGCAGCAGCGGUUGAGUCACACACUGGGGAACGGGGAUUUGGGGUUUUAAGUUACUCGACGAUUAUGUCACGUGUAUAUGCCUAUGCGUUUCCUGUUGCUCUCUCGCAACGCUUGAGCACGGUGCCAAAACUGUCUAUCAUUCAUCGGGAAACAGUGGAAACCAUUUUCCGCACGUCCGAUUAGACCGACGAAACAGCGUGUUGCCUGGUCCUUGGUUAACACGGUGUGAUAUAAGUUCCAGGGAUGAUUUUGACUCUUUUUGAGGGGGCCUCUGGCACAGCCCCAGUGCAACGCAAGCGUGCCCAAUGGCCUCUGGAACGGAGUUUGAGACAGCGGACCUAGACUCAGUCAUCAAUGUCAUUGGACUCACACCAAGUGAUCCCCUCGACACAUUUGUUGAGAUCUGGUACCAGGUGUUCCUGUGGGCGCUGUUUUCGUCUCUCUUUGUUCACUUCGUGGCUGCAGUGGUCGCCUUCAGCAUGCUGAGGAAGCAACAGAUAGGCCGCUUCAGCCCACUGCUCAUCUUGCUCAUGGGCCUGGUGGCGCCCUUGACAGGAGGCGCCCUGACGAGUGCAGUGAUAGCUGGUGUGUACCGGGCAGCUCGGUUUCACAUGAUGCCCUUCUACGCACUGGUGUGGGGCUGUGGGCAGACAGUGUUUGCAGUUGUCAUGUCCUACACCCGAGUCCUUGCCACCCUCUGACCUUGCUGCUGGAUGACUUGCCAGAGAGGCCAGGCCAGGAUGCCAGUGUUGUGCACCUCAGAGGAGGAGACUGCUGCGGCAUUUGUGCCCUAUGCUGCCGCAUCUUCGGCUCAGCUAUGCAGCCCCAAAUUUCACCCGACCAAAGCCUUCAGCUGCUUGCUUUAUUAUCUGUUCAUAUGUGCUCCUGCGAUUUGUGUUGUUCAAAGAAAGGGCUGUGUCACAAUUUGUCAUUUCCAACUGACACAGCCCGCUGACUCUUGAUCAAUGGCAUGGCCAUUUGCAGUCGCCUUGGCAUGGUGUUUUUUUAUUGCUGAUGGGAUUUUUGUUUCUUUCUUAUGACUUUUUGCAAGGGGGCGCUUAGUCAGGUUCUAUUUACUACACCAGCCACAAUUUUGAAGUGUUUAAAGGCUUGGCAUAGUGCCUACGAGAAUGGAAACAUUUGUGUGGUUGUCAUGAGGUUUUGAAGCCAUGCCUUCUGUGUGGUUGAGAAGCCCUUGCCAGGUAUUGUGGUGACCCAAAAGAAAAGGGGUUGCAGUCAGCUGCGGUCGGAUGGCACACUCAUGUGGCUGCUGCACUGAUGAGAGCAUCACCCCGCAAUUCAUUCCCGGCACAGGACAGUGGAAUUAUUAGUCAGUUUUUGUGAAUGUUUAGUGAAGACAGUAUUACUUCGUGUGAUCAGGUUUGUGUCAGCCUGGUACAGGGCUACUGCAAAUAGGAACAGAGGGUUCCUAAAACUUGAACUUGUCAUAUUGGUGGCUAUGGCUACAGUCAAAGAGUGCACCAUUUGGUGUAAGUGCAGAGUCCACUUGGAAAGUGCAGUGGAGCAUUAGCCGUCACGGCUCCACCGCCAUGAGCAUGAAAACUUGAGCCAUUAUGUGAUGUAUCGUUGCUCAUUUUCCCUUUAUUCAUGUUUUUCAUAGUCGCGUUAAAUUUUCUUUUGACAUUAGUUUUUUCUAUCAUAUUUUCAUUUGUCAUUGAUGGAAAAUACUGAUAGCGCUUCUGUCUGGAAGAUCUCCAUUACUUGUUGUAGCAUUUCUUUGCUGAGGCAUUUUGUGAUGAAGUCUUAACUACCUGAGGAGGGCUCAAUGUCUGUAUUGCAAAACAGUGGUCCGGUGUAGGUGCAUAAGAACAAAGUGUGCUUUUUUUCAUGCAUCCUAAUAUGCUUGUUAUCAUGUAAAACUUUUUCUGUGUUGGUGGUUCUGGUUUUGCGAACCUUUGCUUUUUUUAGAUGGAGGAAGGAGGACAUGGCUUUUGCAGUGACUUCAGUUGCUCUAGACACUUGGCAUCCAUAAUUCCUCAAAUUUGUUUUAUUGUACAGUGCUUAGAAUGCAUGUGGGUUGUUCUUUUUUUGCAGGUGUAGUUGAUUGCAGCUUCGAAAGUGACUCCUAAGCAAGACUUGCACAAAGAGGGUACUGUGUGUUGUUCGGGUAAUGAAAAAGUUUAUGCAGCAGUGACUAAAAUUGCUGCAAUACAAGCGAAGUGCUCUUUUUUCACUGGAAGUGUCUCCCAGAGAUUUUGAAUAAGACUGUGCAGGUAAAUAAGUGCAAGUUGAAAUGCAACACCACUCUGCUGCCAACAAAAUAUACACUCCUGUCUUCAUGUAAUAUGUGCUCUAUGCUAGCUUGAAGCUACAAAUGUGCUCAUUUGUAAACGUGUUUUGGUUAUGAAAAAGGUGACUUACACCAAAGUAGUGUUUACAAGUCUGAAAGGUUAAUGUUAGGAUAAUAAAGCAGUUGCCAAAGGCCAUGUCCCCUUUAAGUUAUGGCAGUUUUACACCUUUGAAUUAAACAAAUUUUGCCACGCAGUUGGUACUAUCGUAGACUAAUUUUAGUACAGUACUGGUAUUUGCACCCAAAGUUUAUUAAGCAAGCAGAACUGUCAUUUUCUACAAUAUAUUCUGUUACAUAGAAAGUCUUUUGUUACUCUGAAUUAUACGAGUAUGAAAAGGCAUUGUGCAUGCUGACAUCAUACAACUUGCCAAAAAUGAGAUGCAAUGAAAACUGUGGACAACCACUCACAUUGUCUACGUGACUUCUAGACUGUAUGUGCUAGUGAGUGGCACAGUACAUGAUGUAAUGCAAACUGCUGCACCACAGCAUGCAGCUUAACUCUCACAAAGUACUAUCAUGCAGGUAAAUAAGUGCAAGUUGAAAUGCCACAGCACUGUGCUGCCAACAAAAUAUAGACUCCUGUCUUUAUGUAUUAUGUGCUAUCUGCUAGCACGAAGCUACAAAUGUACCCUUUUGGAAACAUGUUUUGAUUAUGAAAAAGGUGACUUGCACCAAAGUAUAAUCUGCAAGUUAUUGACCACCGAAGUGAUUGAUUUUUUUUGGGCUGACUGUAGGUGACAUUGACAUCAUGUGCUGCAAAUGAUUAUAUGCAAACAACUGCAAUGGGUGGCACUUUUGAUUGACAUUUUUUUUUUCAGAAUCCUCCUUCCUACAUCUUUUUUGAUUUCUGUAAUGAUCAGAGCAGUAAGUUAUGUCACAUAACAUCUUUACCAAGCUUCUACUGGGCUAUUCCCUGCUUUGGGAUAGUCCUGAAUGUAAUUUGCUGCUUGUUCAUGUUUAAGCUAUGCUUGUGCAGCUUUUUAUAUUGGCAGCAACUGAAAACCAUGUGCAUUCUAUUGCUGUCUUGCAGGUGGCUUGCAUAGUAACUUAAGGGUCUACGGGUAAAGUUUGAAAAGAAGCCCAAAGUUGGAAGGAAAAUUAAGUAUAACUUUGAUGCCUUUUUCUAGUAGGCUAUUUUAUUUCUAGGCCUGUCUUGGUUCUCUGUUUUUAUUCUUUUUAUAAUGUGUGUGCAACAUGUGAGAAUUCAAAGCUGUGUUUUGUUUGUCCACAUCAUUUGUUUCUUCUUGAGAACAUUGUUGCCUGGGGCAAAAUGUGGCGUAUAUGAAAGGCGUUUCAAGGGUGCCAAUUAUUUAAUACUCAAAAACAUUGCAGUGCAUUAAGGCAACAAUAGUUAGCACCAACUGCCAUCUUUCAAAUUGCUGCUUCUCUGUUGUUCACCAAGUGUCUGCCUUCCAAGUUAGAGGGCUCAACACCAUUGCAAUAAGCAUUUCUGCUUCUGUGUUUUUGCCUUCAAGCUGGACCUACAUUAGGUUGUGCUAAAUUACGUGGCAGUGGUACUGAGUUCCUUUUGUCAGUAGUGAAAUGGCUGUUGGUGGCACAUGGUGGCACGUGCCUGUGUGUAAAGGAGCAGCACAGUUUUGAUGUCUUAGUACAAGACCCUGCGAGCAGUGAAUUGUGAGACAGGAGAGGUCACAACGUUACUUGUAUUAAAGUGUACAGUGUGUCUCUGUCCCAGGACAAGGCCAACAUGUAAAUAUUGUACAUAACCAUCAUAGGCAGAGUCAUUCUACCAGGCCAGACAGGAACACCUAACUUGUUCAGGAUGCUGUAUGGAGUAUGUUGUGAAUAGUGUAAAUACCUGUUGCAAAGGUCAGUGGUGCCACAAGAAAUGUUCUGCGACACUACAGUGGAUGGACAAGAAAGUGGUAAAGACUGCUAUGGCGGCAUGCUUUAUUUUGUCGAAUAAAACAACCCGAGAAGAGAAAUAAAAAAA